UAUAGAAGUACAUAAGAUAUUAGAUAGGUUAUUAAGGUUAUGGAAUUUCUUGGAGUCUUACGAAAAUGUAACCUUUCGUAUAAUUGUAUAUUAUUAUUUAUAUACAAAUUUGUUGAGUGUGUCGCUCGCGCGUACAUGCUCAUGAUAUUUUGUAUAUAUAUAUAUCUUCGUAAUAUAUUGAAUAAUAAUAUACUUUAUAAUGUUUACGUUAACGGGAGAAAUAAACUUUUGGACUUUUGACGACAAUGUAAACAUAGAAGUCACGGAUUUCGGUGCAUUUAAAUAUCACGAUAAACGUAUCGAUGGCGUGUAUGAAGAAGGUAAAAGAUCAUAUUGUCAAGAGCGUGGUAUGACUUACGUGCCAGAAAAUAAAAAGGGAAACAAAUUGAAACACUCUGUAAAAUAUUUAGAGGAUCAGAUCAGAGAUAAUUCUGUAAUUUAUUGUCAAUGGCACGAUGAUUCUGUUGCACAAUUAAUGCUUAGCAAUGGCUUACUGGUGCAAAUACAAGUUUGCCUCUUUAGCGGUGACGUUCAAGAAAUUAAUUUCGACAAAUAUCUCGUAGGAAAACUAUCCGAACAUAUAUCUGAUGUAAUUAUUACAAAAAGUCAUUUGGUUUGUACGUACAAUGAUAAUCUAGUGACACUGGUACAUUUUACAAAAUCUAAAACACACAUCUUUGAUAAGAUCAACAAGUUGGAACCCAAAUUAAUUACAACAGACUUAUUUAUACCUAAUGGACGUAGAUUAGAUAAGAAGAUUCAAGUAAAUAAGUCUGCUAAUUUGAUAUUAAUUUGGCGAAAGUCUACAAUGAACGAAGUUUAUCCUUGGAGUCCUGCUGUAAAGCAAUAUCAUCGAGCGAACAUGCAUCUCUUUCGACUUACAGGAACAAAGUUAGAAUUGUUAUGUUACAUACGCACUGAAUUUGAUCCUUUGUGUAUUACGUUUGAUGCAUGCGAUGAUAAUAUUAUUCAUUCUGUAGAACAAAAAGUCUCAAGGAAGGGAGAAGUUACCGUAGAAUGGCGUACGUAUGAAGUCUCUCGGCAGAAUAAAUUAAAAAGGAUUGCUGUGAUUUCGGUGCCAUUACCAACGCAUACCAGUUGCGUGAGAUUUUCACCUAAUCAGGAAUUAUUACUUCUAUGUUGCAUUGAUGGUACUAUUAUGAUGUACGAUCAAAUAAAAUCGACAAGCACCAGUGUAAAAGCAGCUUUUAUACCUACUUUAGUCGCUUGGCAUAGCGACGGUAUAAUAUUUGUGGUAGGCAAUGACAGAGGUCAAUUUCAACAUUUUGACAUCACUUUAAUGUGUAUCAAAAGCCAGACAUUAAGCGAUGAAGCAACGCCAGCGCAUAUUCUCGACUUGUCAUCAUAUUUUAGGAAUCAGCAUGCCUUGCUACAUAUGGAAUGGAACAAGAAAAGCGAUCCAAAACAGAUUCGUUACUACAAUAAUGGCAAUUCUUUAUUUUUGUUACUUUUUGAACGAGGACCGAUUGGCGUUAUUAAAAUGAUCGAAGGCGAUACUCUCUCCGGGGACGAAUUAGUCAGAAGGUAUUUGUCAGAGUCUCGAGCGGAACAAGCGACUUCCUUGCUAUUGUCGAUGAACUGGGAUACGCAUCCACGUGUGUGCAUGCAUUCGCUCAAUCAAAUCUUAAAUUAUUUGUUCAAAUUACCGUUAACAACGGAACGCGAAGGUCUGAUACAGAAUGCACUGGGCAGUUUCCACGUACCUAUUAAACCAAUAAGCCAAGCUGUCGAAGAAGAGUAUGGGGAUGAAGUAAGAGAUUUGACGAGGCGAUUUUUCCAUCAUUUAUUAAGAUAUAAGAUGUUUGAGAAGGCUUUCCGGCUAGCUAUUGAUUUAAAUGAUCACGAUCUCUUUAUGGACAUACAUUUUUACGCUGUGGUUUUGAAUGAUAUGGAAUUGGCAACUGCAGCCAAGGAGAAAGCUGAAAGUAUUCUAAGCAGAUCGAACAGUUGCAGUGGCUCGCAUUCUACGUGUUCGAGAACAUCAUGCUCUAUAUGUUCCGAUUCAAGCAAUGAGAAGGGAGAAGAGGAGGAAGAAGAGACCGAAGAAGUGGAAGAAGAGGAGGAAGAGGAGGAAGAGGAGGAGCAGGAGGAAGAGGAGGAGGAGGAGGAGGAGGAGGAGGAAGAGGAGGAGAUGGUGAUAGUGGAGGAGCAAGAGGAAAAGGAAAUAGAAACAACAUAUAGCGAAGAGAGCGAAGAUUCUCAGAAAGAAAAACGACUCAAUCUAAAACGGUCGAGAAAACGUCAUUACAGAAAAACCUCCGGCUCAAGUCAAAUCCCACCCUUACCAGUUGUUCAUCCUCAUCAUACCGCGAAGAACACACUUUGUGCAUACAAUAAUAUUCCGUCCACUACUAAGACUGACUACAUCUUAGUACCUUCGUCCUUUGACACUUCUGAUAAUAUUUUAACAACUUCGUUUAAUCACUCUUCGCACAUUUCGAGCCCAUUUCUAGCAUCGACUUCUUUUAAUAAAACAUACAGUACACAUUCAAAUAUUACACCGACUAGCACGGCAAAUGUCAUUAGUAGUUCUCAAGUGUUUAACAAUGCGACGACAGAUGACUUGAUGACUACGUCAUUCGGCAGUAUUUCUCUUACUGAAUCGGAGGUAAUAGUGAACGAUCAGUCUAGUAACGAUUUUGACGAGAGAUUAUUACUUAAUGAGAUACCAUAUUCCUUCACUAGUUCCGCCACUAACAAAGUAACAACUUGCGCGCAAGACGACAGCUUCAUUUCUACUCCUUUUAAUAAGCCAAUAUAUGAAUCAGAAGACAUUCACUCUGAUUAUUUGACAAGCUGUUUAAAUGUCGUUGACAAUAAUGUUAUGUCGACAUCAUUUAGUACUCGAAUCGCUAGCAUUCCUAUCUCGCACAGUAACUCUCUCAAUGCACUAACAGCGAACAAUAACUCUGAGACUUGUAUGUUACGAAGCAUGAAAUCUUCAAAGAUAUCUGAUAAAUCAUCAGCUAAAACUCUCAUUGAUACUAAUACCCAUACAACGGACCAAUUGUCUCUGCGGGAUAGUAUUUGUAACAAUCUGGUGUCUACUUCGUUUAAUUAUUUUGAAGGAUGCGUAACUCCUGAAAGUAGCGACAGUACAUUUCCCAACACGUUUAACAUUGUCAAUGAUCAAGCCGUUAAAUUACAACAUUCGAUAACAGAAGAAAAGGAUAUCGCUAUUCCACCACCACCACCACCACCUUCUCUAAUAAGUUCGUUUACUAAUUACCUUCAUGGUUUACCUAGAAAAAAUUAUCUUUUAUCUGGAAACACUCAAGGUUUGUCAAAUGUUAAAGAAUCAGAAAAAUUUGCAUCGAGUAAAACACAUGUGCCUUUGCGCAUUUUACAGAAACAGAAUUCCACAACGUCUAACAUGCCCGAAAAUCAGAAAACCUCUCUAGCUUUCAAAACAUAUAGAUACAAUUACGAUUUAGAUUACAUACCAUUUCGCGAUACUUGCGACGACACAGACUUGCAACGUUCACAAACAGUUAGCAGAUUUCCUUCGCGAAACUUUCAUCCUAGCUAUAGUAUGCAGCACGAAUUAUUCGAAAAUAGACACUCGUCAAGAUCUUCCCAAAACAAUACAAACGUUAAUGCGAAUAGAGAAACUAAGAUGUUUUCUAACGUACCACCUCUGCCUGUAAUUAAUACAUCUAUCGUUAAUUCAAAGAUAUGUUCCGCGUGUCCGUCAUUCGCCGAUACAUCAAGUUCUCUCUCUAACGAAAAGCCAAAGGUGAAGUUUUCAGAUACGGUCACUCACAUACUAGUACCUACUGGUACAACUCAAGUAUAUAGACCGAAACGAUCUACUGCACAAACAUACAUAACGGAUCCUAAACGUGAACUAGCUGAAAGCCUUCCGCUUUGUUUGGGUAAUGAGGAUUACCUUAAAGAUUUUCAACCAUUAUGUAAAGACAACGCAGACGGGAAGGUGAAAGAAUGUCCGAAGACUGAUGAUAGUACAAAGAUUAAAGUCGUGCAUUUUGGUUUAUUGUAAACCAAUAUAUUAAAAGAAAUAACGUAAAUUGUGUGUAUCUUCGAGGGGCUAGAAGAAUAAUAAAACAAAAGCCCAACGUUAUUUAUAAUAAGAAUUAAGUUAUAAUUUACUUAUUAAAAUG